AUGAGUAGCCCAAAGUCGCCGAAAUCCCCGGCCAAGUCGCCAAAGUCGCCACCAAAGUCGCGCUCGCCGUCCGCUGGCGCAGCGUCUCCUGCUGGAGAUUUAUUAGGCGCUGGGGACGCUCCGAUCGAAGUGGACGCCGCGGAUGGGGAUUCUGUCUACGCUCAAUCCACGGUGACGGAUACGACAUCUCUCCGAUCCUCGAUCUUAGAUUUCAAGUGGGAAAACGGCAGGCGAUAUCAUGCGUACCAGGAAGGAUCUUACUGGGGUCCGAAUGAUGAAAGGCAGCAAGAGGCGGAGGACAUUCUGCAUGAAAUGUACCGACUUGUGCUUGACAAUAAACUGCAGCUAGCGCCGCUCGGCGAUGAUGUUCAGCGGGUUCUUGACGUCGGUUGCGGUACGGGGGCCUGGGCAAUCGAUUUCGCAGAUGAGAAUCCAGCCGCAGAAGUUGUUGGCGUCGACCUCUCUCCGAUCCAGCCAAACUUUCUUCCACCCAACUGCAAAUUCGAAGUCGACGAUCUUAUCCAAGAUUGGACAUACCCGGAAGAUCAUUUCGACUUCAUCCACGUUCGAUUCAUGACAGGUUGUAUUCCGGACUGGGUUGAAUUCUAUAAAAAGGCGAUGCGUCGCAUGAAACCCGGAGGCUGGAUUGAGCAUGUUGAGCUUUCAAGCAUCGCACGAUCUGACGACGGUUCACUAAAGCCCGACACGGCCUUGGUAAAGUGGGCAGACAUUUUCCAGAAAAUUGGCGCUGCAACAGGCAAGUCGUUUAGUAUCAGCGAGACCGCCCCAGACCUGAUUCGAGAGGCCGGCUUCACAAACAUUCAACAUCGCACGCUGAAGAUUCCAAUUGGGACCUGGCCGAAGGAUCGGACUUUGAAGCAUUGGGGAGCAUGGAACAGGCAAUUCCUACUCCAGGCGAUCGAAGGACUCUCGAUCCGUGGCUUGACGGAAAUCUUGGGGUGGACAUUCGAGGAAGCGCAGCUCUACCUCGUCCAGAUCCGCGCGGAUAUAACUGAUCCGAAGAUCCACUCAUACAUUGAGAUGAUUGUUGUCGAUGGACAGCGGCCAGAGGAGGCUGGCGAAUAG